AUGUGCCAAGGGUAUGGCUAUGAAUGUGAAUAUGAAAGCGGAGCUUCAAAAUCACCCACAAAGCGACCUAUACCCUCCGAGGAGUCCUCGUCACGGCUACCAGAGAAACUGGCACGGUUGGCGUCCCCACAGUCCACCUUGAGACAGAAUACGGACUCGUCUACUCCUGGUAUUCUCGAGCCAUCAAAAGCUCGAUAUGUGGGCAGAUACUCCUCAAUUGCCUUUCCCCUCUAUGUAGGAUUGGAGGUUCAGGCGACAAAGCUUCCGCGUCUGCAUUCAUUUGCAUAUCACUCAGGCAUUCGCAAAGAGCCGCCCUGUGCGGUCACACAUCAAAUUUCCGAGAAAUUUCCCUGGGAUACGACCAGGGGUCUCAUUGAAGUAUAUACUGCCACCAUACAUCCGAUAUUCGGUUUUCUGGAUAUGGAUAAAUUCUACGCACGCUGCGAGAAACACUGGCACGGUCAGCCACAAGACAUGGCUUUCGAGGCUAUCGCCAGCGGAGUUCUGGCUUUGGCUUCCCUGUUGAAUGGGAAUCUAAACCAAGAUAUGGAAAUUUGGCUGGUACUACACGCCAAGGAAAUACUUGAGGAUUGUUCAAUCAGUCGCUUUCCGUCUCUAGAGCAGAUUGCGGCGUGGAUUCUGCGCGCCAUAUAUGUCCGCUGCACUGGGCGACCCCAUGUCACUUGGCUGACAACUUGCACGAUCAUGCAUCUUAUUGAAGCGACUGGCUUGCACCACACGUCAGACUUCAUGUUGCAGACAACGGGAAAUCUUGCUCCAAGGCCGGAGGUCUCCAAUACGAUCAUCCGAACCGCUCAAGUAGCCACUUGUCUUCAUAUUGUCAUUGCUUUCGAGUAUGGCAGGUCUAUCAUGACUGUCAAUCGCCAGACUCUCGAGAGCAAUCUACAGAGCACUCACGAAGGCGAUUUGACUCCUCAAAUGUGCAGUCUUGUUGCAGCAGUUCUUCCUGUAACUCAUGCAACACGCGACUCAGCAGAUACGACAGAGGAAAUACUUUCCGCUCUCGAAAAAGUUGUCAACAUUUCUGUCAGCCAUGAUUUUCUGCUACUCCUUAGGGCAGAUCUAGCCCUGGGCAUAUAUCGACGACUUCGAGUCACGGAUUCGAAGCCUCAACAGAUACCCAACGACCGUGUUAUUACCGUCGGCGCGGCAGCACUACCCGCUGCCCGAAGGCUAGUAAGUCAAGGCCGGGUAUGGUGGAAUAUCAUCGGGACCGUUUUCCAAUUCGCCUGUGCGCUUCUUGCAAUGGACACUUCUUCCAGUUGUGACAUGCUUGUGAAAGCGAUGGACACCUUGGAGUUCGUUGUGGAUUCAUUAGACACCCAUUUAGCCAGAGAGGCUUUGUCUACCGCACGACAGCUUGCUAGAGCGGCGUUGGACAAUAAAAGAAAAGGCGUUGAAGCCUUAGAGCGCGUAGUGGGACCUUCGCCAAACUCCACUGGCGCUCAAAAGGAACAUCCACUACCCCAAGAUCUCUCACUGAGCCCCACUCUAGACCAUCAAUUCCCAUUCGAUCUUGACUCUCUAUGGGCCAUGGAAUUUCAGCUGCCAUUAUGA